ACGGAUAGACGACGGACCGACGGACCAACCCCCCGAACCCGCCCAACCCGUCCCAUCCGAACCUAGCGAAUUUCGAAACACACACCGAGGUUCGGCGGCCAGUUCGGCCGUUCUUCCGAAACUUUCCGAUUCGGAAAAAGAUUUAUCACUGAAAGACUGAAAUACCAACCGGGCCGGCGGCGGGUACGGGGUAGAGGUAGAGAGAGCGGUAGAACUACGGUAGAGCUGUUAUUUUGUCCGAGUUAAUUGUUAAAUCAAGAUUUCGUCCACUUGUUGCAUUGAUUUGCAAGAUGGCGAAGCUGGGCAAAAUUUCAGCAGACACGACAGCUUUCUUCUUGUGCGACAUGCAGGAAAAGUUCCGACCGGUCACACGUUAUUUUCCCGAAGUUUUGGCAGCCGCUUCUCAGUUGGUUCAGACGUCGAAGUUGCUGAACGUGCCUCUAAUUGUCACCGAACAGUACCCCAAAGGCCUCGGCAGCACGGUUCAAGAGCUGAGCAUCCAGCAUGCGGCGGGCAUAUUCCCCAAGACCAAGUUCAGCAUGAUGAUACCCGAAGUGGAGAACUUCCUCAAUGGACCUUUGGGCAAACGCAUAGACGUCGUCGUACUCUUUGGCGUCGAGGCUCACGUGUGCAUUGAGCAAACAGCCCUAGACUUGCUAUCUCUAGGCAAGACGGUGCACAUUGUCGCAAAUGCCACAUCUUCACGAAGCCAAGAGGACAGACUGCUGGCAUUCGACAGACUACGCCAAGUCGGCUGCUUCAUCUCAACGUGCGAGUCCAUCAUCUUCAAACUGGUGCAGGACAAGAACCACCCGGACUUCAAUGCUGUUCGACAGAUAGUCAGAGACCCCACCCUCUACACUGGGCUAACAAGCUGCUAAGGUGCACAAUACAACAAACAUGGCAGCAACACUCCUUUCUCGGACCACCCGCAAUAAACAGCUUUUUCUUCUUGGCAACAUCAA